AUGAAGGGCUUCGUAUUUGCGUCGGCCCUGGCUGCCAUUGGCGCCGUCAGCGCAUCGCCGACUCCCACCGAACAGGAGCCUCCCACCAAGCGCGAUACCUUCCCUACCGUCACAGUUUCCGGCAACGCUUUCUGGAAAGGCAAGGAGCGAUUCUACCUGCGCGGUAUUGACUAUCAGCCCGGCGGCUCUUCAGCCAACGAGGAUCCUCUUGGCGACACUGACGUCUGUCUCCGCGAUAUUGAGAACUUCAAGGACCUUGGUGUCAACACAAUCCGUGUCUAUGCUGUCGACAACAAGCUCAACCACGACAAGUGCAUGAAGGCUCUUCAGGAUGCCGGUAUUUAUCUGGUCCUCGAUGUCAACAACCCCAAGUACUCCAUCAACCGUGGCAACCCCGGUCCCUCGUACAAUGCCAAGUACCUCCAGAGUGUCUUUGCCACCGUCGAGAUGUUCGCCAAAUACCCCAACACUCUUGCCUUUUUCUCCGGUAACGAGGUCAUCAACGACGAAAAGAACACCGACAAGUCUGCUCCCUAUGUCAAGGCUGUUACUCGUGACAUGAAGAACUACAUGAACUCCCGUGGUCUCCGCAAGGUUCCAGUCGGCUACUCCGCUGCCGAUGUCUCUUCCAACCGAAUGCAGACAGCUCUUUACAUGAACUGCGGCUCCGAUGACAUGCGAUCCGAUUUCUUCGCUUUCAACGACUACUCUUGGUGCAACACCAACUUCAAGCAGGCAGGCUGGGACCAGAAGGUUAAGAACUUCACCGACUACGGCAUUGCUAUCUUCUUGUCCGAGUACGGAUGUAUUGACAACCGGCCUCGUAAGUUUGAGGAGGUUGCUGCCAUGAUGGACAGCGAAAUGACUGGGGUCUACUCUGGUGGUCUGAUGUACGAGUACUCGUAUGAGGACAACAAGUACGGCAUCGUUCAGCUCAAGGGCGGCCUCAAGGCCAAGACUGUCGAGAAAAUGGAUGAGUACGACGCCUUCAAGUCUGCUCUCAAGGCCAAUCCUGCCCCCACUGGCGCCGGCGGUGCUGCUUCGACCACCCACUCCGCCAGUUGCCCUACGUCUGAUGCUGGAUGGCAGGUUAACCCCAGCCUCGUCCCUCAGAUGCCCGAUCAGGCUCAAAAGUAUAUGAAGAGCGGCGCCGGCCAGGGCCCUGGCUUUGACCUCGAUGGCGAUGGUUCCCAGAACGCUGGUGACAGCGGUACCGCUACCGCUAGCGUCACUGGCGGCUCAGCAUCUCCCACUGGCAGCGGCGGAGCUAAGGAGUCCGACAGCGCAGGUGUCUCGACCCUUGGCGCCGUUGAUAAGGCACCUUAUAUCGUCACUGGCCUUACAGUCCUUUUCACUCUGUGCGGCACCUUGCUUCUGUGA